CUUCCGCUUUCGUCACUUCCUCACGGCUCACGCUUCUCACAUGUCCCUUCUGCAGUCCGCUCCCCACAAAACCCUAAGACAGUGAACCACCGAGCCCUCAUUCCCCAACUCCCAGACUCAGCCGCGCCGCAGGCUCGCUGCCGCCCCCACCACCACUAUGGCGGCCGAUCUUCCCUGCGACGAUGCUGGCGUCUGCAUGGUCUGCGGUGUGGCCGCACCGUCCGAGGUAGACCUGCUACGGUGCUCCACCUGCGCCACCCCGUGGCACUCCCCAUGCCUCUCGAAUCCACCCGCGCUGUCUGAAGCUGCGAUCUGGAGCUGCCCCGACUGCUCCGGCGAUCCUGUAGCCCCCGCGGCCCCUGCGGCAGGAGGCGAGCUCGUCGCCGCCGUCCGCGCGAUCGAGGCCGACACCACCCUCUCCGAUGCAGAGAAGGCACGCCGCCGCCAAAAUAUUCUGGCAGGCCGAUCUGCUGCUUCUGCCCCCGACGAUGAUGUCGACGACAGCGCAGAGGACGACGUCCUCAAUAUCUUCGGCAGAAGUUUCAGCUGCGCCUUCUGCAUGAAGCUGCUGGAUCGCCCUGUCACAACACCAUGUGGCCACAAUUUCUGCCUGAAGUGCUUCAACCGGUGGACACAUAAUGGAGCAAGCGCAUGUGGAAAAUGCCGUAGACCGAUCCCCUACAAAAUGGUGCAGCAACCACGAAUCAACUCUGCAAUAGUGAGUGCCAUCCGUGCGGCCAGGAUGUCAAAGAACACUAAUCCAGCAGCAGCCGGCUCAUCAGCAGGCUCGCAUCACUAUAUACAGAAUGUUGAUAGGCCCGACAGGGCAUACACAACUGAAAGGGCCAAGCGAGGCGGAAAGGCAAACGCUUCGAGCGGCCAGAUCUUUGUGACGACUGCGCCGGAUCAUUUUGGGCCAAUCCUUGCCGAACAUGACCCCAGGAGGAACACCGGUGUGCGAGUUGGAGAAACAUGGGAAGAUAGACUUGAGUGUAGGCAAUGGGGUGCUCAUCUGCCUCACAUAGCCGGAAUUGCUGGGCAGAGCAGAUUUGGUGCUCAAUCAGUCGCCCUGUCCGGAGGCUACGAAGAUGAUGAAGACCACGGGGAGUGGUUCCUUUAUACCGGAAGUGGCGGGAGGGAUCUAAGUGGAAACAAGCGAACAAAUAAGGAGCAAGGUUUUGAUCAAACAUUUGUGAAGAUGAAUGAGGCUCUCCGACAAAGCUGCUUGAGGGGUUACCCUGUUCGGGUUGUACGGUCCCAUAAAGAGAAACGCUCUUCGUACGCUCCUGAAUUGGGUGUGAGGUAUGAUGGAAUUUACAGGAUUGAGAAGUGUUGGAGGAAGAUUGGUGUUCAGGGAACGUUCAAAGUCUGCAGGUAUCUGUUUGUACGCUGUGACAAUGAACCAGCACCUUGGACCAGUGAUGAUCAUGGUGACCGUCCAAGGCCAUUGCCCAACAUUCCCGAGUUAAAAGAUGCAACUGAUAUAAAUGAGAGAGAUGAGCGUCCUUCAUGGGGCUACGAUGAGAAGGAAGGCCGCUGGAAAUGGAUGUACGAGCCGCCAACGAGCAGGAAACCUGUUCGCACUGGGCUUCGUCCUAAGACCGGCAAGCAAGCCCGGAAAAGAGCAAGGAGUGAUGAGAUGCCUAACGACCCUGAAAAACUCCUGAAUGAGUUUAGCUGUUGUAUCUGCUUCCAAGUGAUGGCAGAGCCACUCACUGCUCCCUGUGGUGACAGCUUCUGCAAGGCUUGUCUGCUGGGGGCAUAUGAUAACCAGUCCUCCGUGAGAGAAAGAAGCCAUGGCGGCCGCACUCUGAGGGCUCAGAAGAUCGUCAAGAGAUGCCCAUCCUGUGCAACUGACAUCAGCGACUUCCUAGCGGAUCCACAGAUCAACCGAGACAUAAUGGAUGUGAUUGAGUCACUGCAACGGAAAGGCGACACCACCACCAAGGACGACGCUGCUUCAUAUGGAUAUGGUGCUGACAAGGCCGAGGAAUUCCGUGGUGGUGACCUGCAAGAGGAAGCUGAUCCGGAGAUGGAUGCUGAGGAUAACUCUGAAUCUGACACGGAUGCUGAUGCUUCUUGUGGCAGAACUGUGGUUGGGAUCAAGGAUCAGGAAGGCCAGCAGCUGCAGCCCCAGAAGCGCAAGGGUGGCGUUGCCAUUAUUGGCACUGAUGAUGGUCCUAGCAAAAGGAUUACAGCAAGUGCUGAUGUGGAACAGAAAGGUAAUAAGAGCCAUGAAUAGCGGAUGGUGGUGGAUGCUAGCUGAUCGAUGAUGGCUUGGAAACACAAAUUAAGUCAGCAUGUUGUUGUAGCCAUAUUGCAUGUAUGGCGCCGAGACUGAGAGAGGUUUGGACUGUUUUCGUUGAUUGCGUACUCUUGAUGCAUGCGAACCGGAUUGGAUAAACUUUGUUUUUGCGGAAAAAAAACAUGCAGGUUGGAAUACCAGUACUGUCGUCGUUUAGGUUUAUUUAUUAUAUGGAAGAUGUUUAAUCUAUUUUUAAGUUA